AUGGAUGCUUUGAGCACAUGAUUAGAAGCGGCUGCGUAAGCAGAAGCAGGAGCAGGAAACAGGACAGUCCUGCGUGGACAGAAGCGUCUUUAUGUCCCUCACCAGCGCUUUGUAAAUCAAAUAUGUGUGUGUUUGUGUGUGUAAGUGUGUGAGGUCUUGGCUUGACACCUCCAACCCCCCCCGCCCGCCCCCUCGGUGUCUCGGAGAUGCUACGUUUUGCUGCCAGAAGUGAAGUGUCUCCUCUCAGAGUCUGGGGACUCCACUGACAGCCUCCACAUCAUCGAUCCGGCGCUGAAUCUUCGUUCAUUAAGUUUCCGCUGCUCAUCCACGUGAGAGCAGCUGGAGGACAGUGGAGCUGGAGACGGUCCCAGCUGUCGUUAGAUGAGACGCGGGAGGCAGGGUACAGCGUGGACCGGUCACCAGCCGGUCACAGGGACACACAACCAUUCACUCUCUCUCUCUCACUUAGUCACACCAACGCUCAAUUUUCAUCAAUUAACGUAAGCAACUGAAUCCUAAUCGUUCUUAAAGGGAUAUUUUGGAUGCUCUCUGGUAAAGUUCCUCGUCUGUGGACUCCUCUUCCUCAGUUUCAUAGCCCGACGUGUUUGUUAAAGUCUGACUGAAACUUUACUCUCGUAAUAUUACAACUGUAUUCUUGUAAUAUUAAUAUUUUCUUCACAGUUUGUCCCUAAUAUGUUGUCGUACAAUUAUAAAUGAAGUGCAGUUAAAAUACUGUGCAUUCAGUCAUAAAUAGAAAACACAUGGAACAAGAAGUGCGUUGUAUGUUGGGGGAAGUGAUGACUUGAUUUAGAUAAAAUGUUAUUUUUCUUUUCUGUAAACCAUUAAAUAUGUAUUUAAAGGGCUGGAUCUCCCACAGUUCUAAGCUUCAGUUUUAACGCAUCAGAUAGGAUUUUUUUGUUGAAGGUCAGAGCCCAAAAGAGUGUGGAUUUAAAAUGUUUGAGAUCUAGGCUGAGCUGAGUUUCUUAUCACACCGUGUGCGUGACCUGCGAUGACCUGUUGUCAGGUGGUUUGUAGCCAGUUUGCUUUCAUUUCGCAGAGACUUUGAAUGCCAAAAGAACAGGGACGCUUUGGGGAGCGGGCCGUCCGGAGCACCUCAAAGAAUGCCAAGGACAAGAGCAACAGUGCCACUCUGCGGGCGUCCAAGAGUGGCACCCACAUGGAGCCUCCGGGAAUGGGUGACGUGAGCAGGCGCAUGCGGCGCUGCGACUCUGAGAAGGAGUCAGAGAAAGACUCUGGUUAUUCAGAGGCCGGCUCAGACUUUGUGCACACUGAUGUAGACGACCAGCGCAGCAGCGUGAGCGAGCCUCACAGGCAGAGCAGCAAAAGCUGCUCCUCCUCCAACAACAACAACAACAGUGCAAAUGCUGCAGGCCAUAACAUGCCUGCUUACGAGGAGCUCACCCCCAUUUACAUCAUCAAAAACCUGGUAGUGAAGCCGUCCAGACCAGAACCGCUUCUGCACGGGCCCCUGGCAUGGGGUGGAGGUUGGCACGGCCUCACCGGUGCCAAAACUCCCACCCAGCUCCUACUGAUCCAACAACCGCCGCCGCCGCCUCCCGCUUCCUCCACCGCCGCCCCCCCAACGCCCUCCUCCUCUCAAGCAGCACUACAAGGCGAAGUGAAGAACGGAGGUGGCCACGGCAGCCAGAGCCACCGCAGCAAGAACUCAUACCUGCCCAUCCUGAAUUCUUACCCUCGCAUUGCCCCCCACCCCAGGAAGGAGAGUCAUGAGGGCAAAAGUAGUAAGGGGGCUAAAGCGUGUGGCGGUGAAGGCCAGAGCAAGAGCAAGAGAGUGCGCACCGAGGAAGAGAAGAGGGAGGCUGUGUCGACCACCACUCACCUCCUGAAGCCACAAAAGGAGUGCAGAGUGCACUCUCAUUCGCAGCACAAAACCAGAGGAGGACAUCACUCCUUCCCCAUGUCGCCCCACUGCCCUCUCCCCACCCAGCACAAGAGAUUAGGCAGUGUUGGCUCGCCCUCUGUCUCCAGCUCCCAGAUGCCGUCUCCGCCGUCAUCCUCCGACUCUACCUCGUCCUCCUCGCCGGCCUCGUCCUCCAUGGCUCACAGCCCGUUUCGCCUACUUCCAGACAGCUCGUCCGCGCGCCAGCGCCGUUUCCUCAACACGGCCGAGAUCCUGAACCAGUCGGGCCUGCUGGCCAUCACGCUCCGCACCAAAGAGCUGCUGAAGCAGAACGCCGCCACAGAGCGAGAGAUCGCCCAGCUCCGGCAGCACACGCAUCUCCUGUGCCAGGCGGUGCAGGCCAACCAGAGCAGGUGCGGCGACGGCUCGGACGGCCUCGACAAUCUCCUGCAGGCCAUGACCAAGUCGGCCUCCUACCCUGACUUAGACCUCACUAAAACCAAGGCCCUCAGUGGCGUCCAUCAAGAGAGCAAAACUAAAACUGAAGAGGACAACGAAAAGGAGAAAAACAUAAAAAGCAACGCAGUGCAGCUCGUGUCUCUGCACGCGAUAGAUGACGGCACGUCACCGCCGUCUCCCCUCUUCGCGCCCUCGCCGGACGCCGAAGAGGCGCAGCAUGCCGAUGACCCCCUGGACCUCAUGUCCAUCUUGUCUUUCCACAGGUCUCUCCCCGAGCUGGGAUACAGACACACGUUCAUGGACAAGGACAUAAGUGAUCUCACGAUGUUGCCCGAGAGCUCGACACACGAUGACUAUCUCCUCUAGCUUCCUGCGGCUGAAUGAUAAUGUAAUGACUGGCAACGCGACGAGAUCCUGGACGUACACGAGAGCAUGUGUUUGGUUUUAACUAUUUAACAUGUCUGCGAUUUAAAAAAAAUAGAAAAAAAGAAAUGGGUAGAAACUGAAAUAUGAUUAUUAUUUUUUGAUUUACACAUGGACUGAUGCACAAUAUUUAACUAUUCUUUAGUCAGGCAUUUUCAAGGUACAUUUCCAUUCUCUAGCCAGUAGAUGUAACGUGGUGAGAUGACUAAAGAGGAAACAAGAAUCAGGUCCGGUGAGGAGUGAUAAGAAAAAUAAUAUUAUUUAAGAGUAUUUUACAUUUGCUUUGGCUCCGUUUUCUCAAAAAACAAAUGGUCAGUGUGCAGCAGGGACCUGACGGGCAGAUCAUCUCUAAGCCUUCACUGCUCUGAAUUCAGACUCUGGAGGAUCUGGAUGUAACCGUAGAGCCACGCGACCGGUAAAUAAACCUGAACCACAAAUGACCCCGGAAUAUGAGAGUGGAUGGAGCAAAGGUUACAGCAGGAAGGAUUAGACCCAGUACUACCUGUUCUUACUGUGUGACAUGAUUCUAUAUAUUCUCCAGUCCUGUCAGGAAGUGCUGACACUAUUGCUAGAUAUGUCAGUUUAUUGAGUUGCGAUUGUGGCUGAUGAGUAAUAAAGAAAGCUUUUUGUCUUUUGACGUGGAUUUACCUCGUUAUUUGUAACUUUGGCCAAAAGCCAUUCUUUCAAAAACAUGUCCCUUUAAAUACAAAGUGCUGUCCUUACAUAACAAGUGUGUCACAUGUCCGGCCUCGUCGAACACACUCGCCUCAUAUCAGUUUCAGUGCGACACGUGUUUGCAAGCAAUUUGUUGUUAUUGUUGGGGUUUGUUUUCAUCUAGUAGCACGACCUCGGUGAGCAGCAGCCUUGUACUCUCUGCCCCGUCGUGCGCUCUUGAUUGACGUCUGUUAUUGUAGAUGAUUUCCGCCGCUGUGUUACUGCGGUGACUCAUCACAGUUGUACACGCGUCUUUCUCACACUGGGCUGAACUGCAGCACAGCAGUUAAAAAUAGAAGUACCUGUAGAAACGAUCAUUGUCUCUGUGUACUGUGUGACAUUCAGAGGAUAAACUGUAUAAAAUGAGCUCAUUCUUGUGAAAUAACAGCCAAAGCAUAUGUGAAAUAUUCUGACUCAAUGAUGCACGUUAGAAAUAGCAUCAUCGAUUAAAACCUAAAUUCAACGAGUCUCCACGAGGAAUCGGUCAAAAAAGAUAUGAUUUCUUUCUUUCUUCUUUUCAUUGAACUCUUUUGCCACAAAGCGGUUUGUUAGAUCAGAUGUGCGUCAGAUGUUGGGCUCACGUUGGAGGAUUUGAAGUGACUCGGCGCGUGUCCAUGUGUCCACAGAUUGUACAAAUGAUCAGAAAUACUUUGCCCAUGGUUCUGUUUGAAUAGACAUCGCACAGCGAAGGUUUUAUUUACUGGCUUACUAUAUAAACAUUCAGUUUCUCAAUGUCUUAGUCAUGUUUUAUUUGCUUUUCAGUUGUUUUGAAUGUUGAGUGUGCUUGAGGAAGUGUGUGUGCACAGAUCUAUGAUGUAUUAACUUUGUUUGUAGAUAAUGAAUUAGAUUUACAAAAAUAAAAAGAGAUUCAUUGUAGAUGUGCACUGAUCUUCAUCGCUUUCAAAUAAUAAAACUCAUAAUCCAGUAAACGAAGAAGGAAACCGACGUGUUCUCACGACACUGAAUAAUAAAUCUGCUCUCACCCUGAAACACAAAA